AGGAGGAGGAAGGAGGAUGGAUCAACGAAACGAUACACCAGUCAAAAAAAAAAAAAAUCAAUUGCAUCUCGAGAGACCACUCAAUUGAAAGGAGAAAGAUGAUUUGGUAGUACAUUGAGCAAUCCCUAAAAGAAAAGUUUGAUCCUCCAAAACUGGACCCCUCUUAAAAACUCCAAAGCAGUAGGACAAUUGAUCUUUUUGAGAGGGUUCCAGUUUCUUUAUUCUUCUUCUCCAAUCUUGUUUCCUGGGUUUGUUUGUUUUUUUUUUGUUUUUUUCCCGGGAAAGAUUUCAUUUUUAUUUUUAUUAUAAAUGUGGGGAGCGGCGGCAGAGCCAGCAGAUUCUUAUUACCAGAUUCGCCCUGAGUGCACCGAUGUCCCCAAUACCAGAUUCAAGAUCAAACCUGGUAAAACUCUAAGUGUAAGGAAAUGGCAGGCUGCAUUUACACAGGAAGGAUUCCUCGAUAUUGGCAAGACUCUUGGUCGUAUCCAACGAGGGGGAAUCCAUCCAUCGAUUAGAGGAGAAGUGUGGGAGUUCUUACUUGGUUGUUAUGAUCCAAAGAGCACUUUUGAUGAAAGAGAGCAAAUCCGACAACGUAGAAGGCUGCAGUAUGCUUCUUGGAAGCAGGAAUGUAAACAAAUGUUUCCAGUCAUCGGAAGUGGUGGAUUCAUCACCGCACCUGUAAUUACCGAGAAGGGUCAACCCAUUCUUGAUCCUCUUGUUCUACAAGAAACAAACUUAGGGGAGGAUUCUGAUUUCUUCAAAGAGCUUGAAAGCAGAGGACCUUUGGACAAGAAAGUUAUCCAAUGGAUGCUAACACUUCACCAGAUAGGUCUUGACGUAAACCGCACGGAUAGGACAUUGGUAUUCUACGAGAAGAAGGAGAAUCUGUCUAAGCUUUGGGACAUUCUAGCUCUCUACGCCUGGAUAGACAACGACGUUGGGUAUUGCCAAGGAAUGAGUGAUCUUUGUUCUCCUAUGAUCAUGCUUCUUGAAGACGAAGCUGAUGCUUUUUGGUGUUUUGAAAGAUUGAUGCGAAGAUUGAGAGGAAACUUCAGGAGCACGGGAAGAUCAGUUGGAGUUGAAGCACAGCUUACUCAUUUGUCUACAAUCACUCAGAUCAUCGAUCCUAAGCUUCACCAUCACUUAGAGAAUCUUGGUGGAGGUGACUAUCUCUUUGCUAUUCGGAUGAUAAUGGUUCAGUUCCGAAGAGAGUUCUCUUUCUGCGACUCCUUGUACCUUUGGGAGAUGAUGUGGGGGUUGGAGUAUGACCCUGAGAUGUAUUCUCUGUACGAGGAGCCUGAGUUCGAGGGAGCGAGAACCGAAGGUUCCUCCAAAGGCAAACCGAAGUCGAUAAAACAAUGUGGGAAGUACGAGAGAGAGAACAUGAAGAACGGUGGGAAAAGCAGCGCGGAAGGUCCUUUGCCUAUAUCGGUUUUCUUAGUGGCGAGUGUUUUGAAAGACAAGAGUUCUAAGCUUAUGACUGAAGCUAGAGGUCUUGAUGAUGUUGUUAAGAUCUUAAACGACAUAACCGGAAACUUGGAUGCUAAAAAGGCAUGUGCUGGUGCAAUGAAGCUACACAAGAAGUAUCUAAAAAAGCAGGCCAAGAAAUAGCACCUGGAAAAGAGCCAUGAGUAGCGUUUUUUUUGUAUGUGAUUUAUGAUUCCUUGGGAGACAAGCCUUCAAAAGAAAAAAACAAGAGUCCUACACGCAACAACUUUUCGUUGUCCAGUGUUCAUACAAAUCCAUGUUGUAAUAUUUUCUUUAAAAAACUAUGAUUACCUCUUGGGGUUUAAACUACAUUUUUGUAUUUGUCGGAUUAUGUAAAUAAAGAUGAAACAUGUGAACUCCAAAUCAGAAAUGAGAUUUGAGGAUCUUAAGAGGAUAAGUAUUUUCUCAGCCACGAAAACUGUUUGUAGACUCCGUUGCAAUGGACCAGUCCUGGUGGUGGAACGUUUGUCUUUCUUUGGAACAUCGUAACUUUAGUUCCUCAUGUUAACUUGAAGGCAAGGGAGAAAGCAACUAGGUCAAACAAGUUAGAGAGGGAGAGCAAACUGUUUAACUAAGAACAUGUUUAAUACGUUUCUUAUUUCUUAGGAUGAAAUUCUUAGCGGGAUAUAAGAAGUCUUUUAACUAAAAAAAACUAAUAACGGCUCUUAAAUAAUAACUUCACACUAAGAACCCAUUAAAUAUGCUCUAACAAAAAGUUUUAUAUUAAAAAAAAUAUAAGUCAAUAAAUGACAGAUAAGUGGCAAACCUUCUCAUUAUAUUGCAAAAGUCUCCUCAUGAAGAAACGUUCUCUUGUCUCUCUCAUCAGUUUCUUUACUUUUGUAUUUUUAUGUUUUAUGUUAAUUAUUACUAAGAAACCAAUUGAGAAUCCCACCAAUGCCGAUGGCCUAACGCAUACAUGUUUUAACUGCUACGAAACAGAACCUGCAUGCAAACAAACAAGUACAGCCGAACAAAGCUAAGUGAGCUGCUUGUGCUAGUUAAAACCAAUAAAGGAUCGGAGAACAACGCACAUUAAACCGAAUAAACGUUUUUAUUGGGAAGAAACAAAGACACCAGAAAAGUUCAUAACAUAAAUAGUCACAAGUUUUUUUAAAACACUCCUUUAUUGCAACUCCUUUCACAUAAAGAAGUAUCAAGGGGAAAUUUUCUUAGUUAAAAAAAACUUGUCCUUAAGCAUCUACGGUUUCAGCUGAAUCAGCAGCUGCUAAGACAAGCUCCGGGCUUAGGUCUCCGACAUACGAUCCAUCAA